AUGCCCCGCACGACAGCACCCAAGAGCUCGACUGCCCGCCCGGCUGAGAGAGCGAGCGAAAGUGGAGCCAAUGACAAGGGAGAGGAACAAGACCCGGAUGAGGAGGAGGAUGAACAAGACCAGGAGGAGGAGGAGGAAGAAGACCCGGAUGAGGAGGAAGAAGACCAUGAUGAGGAGGAGGAGAAGGAGCAUAAGCGCGGGAUCAAAGCUCGCGAGGCCUAUAGACACCUCCUACGUCUACUGGACCACGAUCCGACUGAACCCGACGCUGCGAGCUCGGACAGUGGUGAUGACACGCUUUCUCUCAGGCGACCCAGCGCUGACGGCUCAUGUCGCGACGCGCUCAAGGUUUUCCGGAAGUGGUGGUGGUUGCGAGCAGAUGUAAAGGACACACCGACUUGCUUCUGGGCCUCUAGCGGUGUUCUUGGUGAGCUUCCGGCCGCCAAAGCUCAGGCGCUUGAAGACCUCGUGGUCGAGCAGGUGAGUACCAGGGUGCAAAUAUGUCACAGGAAAUUUGCCAAGACGAUGGGAUGGAAACAUCACUCGAUGUUGAACGUGUACGCGUUGUUCGGCGCGGAAAUGUGUCAAAGCCGCAAGUUUAUGGAGGGUAUCCAGCGGCUCAUGGGUGUGUCGAGCUCGCAUGAGGCUGCGAUGGCACUGCUGAGGGAUGCGUCGCGUGCGAGGAGAACCAAAAAGUACACAAAGCGCAGGGUCAGUCCGAAGGACGAGUGGGCGGCCAUAGACACGGAUUUGGCCUACAAGGUGGCGACCGACAAGGAAUCAGACUCGGAUGGAUGCGACAACAGCGGACUCGAUGACACGGAAGAGGGGGGAGAGAAGCUUCAAGAUGAGGAGGAGGAGCAAAGUGAGCAUCAGGAAGAUGAGGAGAUUGACGACACUGACGGAUCGUCCAUGGAGACAGACCAGCAUGGCUCGAACUCGAGGACGAGUCGGAGCAGGAGUGGAAGUGCGUCACCCUCCUUCGCAUACACCAAAUCACGAUCACGAGCAGUACCCAACAACGAGAGCCCAUUCCCAGACCAGAACGAAAUGACCACGCCGCGGGCUGACGAUGGAGGUGACGAUUCCGAGGCCAGCCCGCUCGAAAAUUCCCCUGAGCAGGGCCAUGGAGCAAGAGGCGCAGGAAAUGCGCUCGUCGACGAUGCAUCAUUCGAUCUGAACUGA